CCUCAUUUGUUUUGGGGAAAUGCGGCUAAAAACAGGACACACCUCCAGUGAUUGAAGAGAAUCUUAAAAGCUUUGUCUGACAUAAGCGGACGUGCAGACCCGCCACCCGAACGUCGCGCGUAAACUGGCGCAGUUCAUGGAGAGCAACAGAUGACAAGACCUGCGCGCACGCAGCGGGUUGCUCUCAGCGUCUAAGGGUCUCUGAUGUGGAACAUGGCGGGGGGGAUGAUAGAGGCAAGGGUCCUCGCUCUUUUUCUGACCUCGUGGAUAUCAAUUUUCAGGGGAGCUGAUGGACAAGAAACUUUCAACGACUUAUCGGGUUUCAGUUUGAAUCCGGCGUACUUUAACCUCGCAGAGGUGGCGAGUAUAUCUGCCUCUGCAACUUGCGGCCAGGAUGAGGCUGGCACCCCGAGAACGGAUAUAUACUGUAAGCUGGUCGGAGGACCUGCAACUGGAGUUCCUUCCCAAAAUAUACAGGGUCAAUUUUGUGACAUCUGCCACUCCAUGGAUCCGAACAAAGCCCAUCCGGUGAGCAAUGCCAUCGAUGGGACUCAGCGAUGGUGGCAAAGCCCCCCUCUUUCCAGGGGAAUGGUCUAUAAUGAAGUGAAUGUUACGCUGGACCUCGGACAGCUCUUCCACGUUGCCUAUGUCCUUAUUAAGUUUGCUAACUCACCCCGUCCUGACCUGUGGGUGCUGGAGCGCUCUGCAGACUACGGGAGGACAUUCACCCCCUGGCAGUACUUUGCACAUUCGAAGCGUGAAUGUAUUGAAAGGUUUAGGAAGCAGCCCAAUGUCCGUGUUUUAAAUGAUGAUGACCAGCUCUGCACUACUGAAUACUCACGGAUCAUCCCUUUGGAGAACGGAGAGAUUGUGGUUUCUUUGAUCAACGGUCGGCCGGGCUCGAAAAACUUUACCUAUUCACCAGUCCUGCAGGAGUUUACAAAGGCUACAAACAUCCGUCUGCGCUUCCUCCGCACAAGCACCCUGCUCGGCCACCUGAUCUCCAAGGCCCAAAAAGAUCCCACUGUCACACGCAGGUAUUACUAUAGUAUCAAAGACAUCAGCAUCGGGGGACGCUGCGUAUGCCAUGGGCACGCCCAGGUGUGUGGCAGAGGGCACAACCCAGACAACCCGAAUAGAUUCCCGUGUGAGUGCCAACAUAACACUUGCGGGGAAUCGUGUGAUCGCUGCUGCCCAGGCUUUAACCAGAAGCCAUGGCGUGCCGCAACUGUUGACAGCCCGAAUGAGUGUCGGCCCUGCCAGUGUUUCUCCCAUGCCUUUGACUGUUAUUACGACCCAGAAGUGGAAAAGAGGGGAGCAAGUUUAGACACCUUUGGCAGAUACGAUGGAGGAGGAGUGUGUAUCAACUGCCAGCACAACACUGCAGGAGUGAACUGUGACAUAUGCGUGGAAGGUUACUACAGGCCUUAUGGAGUGCCUAUUGAGUCUCCAACUGGAUGUAUACCCUGCAGCUGUGACGAGAGGAUUACAGCUGGCUGUGAAAUGGGGUCCGGCAGAUGUGUCUGCAAGCCACAAUAUGCGGGAGAAAACUGUGAUCGCUGUGCUGACGGAUUCUAUUAUUACCCGCAGUGCAUUCGUUACCCUGUGAACCCGGCAACAACCAAGUCUCCUGCAGGUCCUAUUGUCGGGCCCACCCUCUGCCCCUUGGGCUACUUCAACACACCCCAAUGUCAACCGUGCGUUUGUGACUACAGAGGAACGGAGCAUGGGGUCUGUGACUCUACAGGCCGCUGCCUGUGCCGACAGGGUGUGGAGGGGGAGCAGUGUGACCACUGUCGACAGGGAUACCACUCCUUCCCAAACUGCCAGGCCUGUCGGUGUGAUGGGGUUGGCGUGGCGGCUGAUGUGUGCGGUCCAAACGGUCAGUGUGUUUGCCUCCCUAACUUCCACGGACAGGAGUGUGAUGAAUGUGCACCAGGUUACUACGGCUAUCCGGACUGUGCUGCCUCAAUUACUAAGUGCAGCAUAGCAGGAACGGAGGUCUCUCAUCCUCAAACGGGCUCCUGCCGCUGCCUCCCAAAUGUAGAAGGAACCCUGUGUGACAGGUGCAAACCUCUUUACUGGAAUCUGGCUGCAGACAACCCCCAUGGCUGCAUAGAGUGUCAGUGUGAUCUGAAAGGAACACUAAGUGGAGUUGGAGAAUGUGAACAGAGAGGAGGACAGUGUUACUGCAAGCCCAAUGUGUGCGGCCAUACAUGUAACUCCUGCAAAAAUGGAUACUUCCUGCUGCAGAAAAAGGAUUAUUUUGGCUGUCAAGGCUGUCGGUGUGAUGUUGGAAGUGCCAUCGGCGUGGCCUGUGAUGAGAUUACAGGACAGUGUUUGUGUCGGAAAAAUAUUGUUGGCCGUAGAUGCACAGAGCCAGCACCUGGAUUCUACCUCCCCAGUCUGCAUCAGCUGAAGUUUGAAGUAGAGGACGGUACAACACCUCAAUCCAGACCGGUGCGGUUUGGUUAUGACUCAGAGGAAUUCCCAGAAUUCAGCUGGAGAGGUUAUGCCAUAAUGUCCCCUGCACAGAACGAAGUCAGAGUAACAGUGCAUGUUGAUCCACGAGAUGGGAGGCAGAGCUUGUUCCGUGUGGUUCUGCGGUUCAUUAACCCCAACAGCAUCAGUGUGACUGGUAGCAUCAGGGCUGCAAAUACCAGAGGCACUGCGGGGACAGAUCAGAGCAAAGAAAUAUUUUUUCCUCCAAGUCCCAGUCCGUCCUUCCUCACUGUCCCUGGGGAGGGCUUUGCUGAGCCAUUUGAAUUGAAUCCUGGGAAAUGGAUCAUUCACAUAAAGGCUGAGGGAGUUCUCCUGGACUAUUUAGUGCUGCUGCCCAGGGAUUACUACGAGCCUUCUCUGCUUCAGGAAAAGAUUACUGAGCCCUGCACAUACUUGCCCACCACAAACAAGGAUGCAAACUGCCUGCUGUUUAAGCAUGUGGCCAUGGAUGGCUUCAGCUCCGUGCUGGGCUUGCAAGGACGCCUCGCCACCCAGAGACGGCAGAGAAGGAGGCAGGCUGCUGAGCGGCGUCCCACCCCAGAUCACCCAUACAUGGCCUACCUCAGCGGGAGACAGUCACAGUUGGAACUCAGUCUGCGGGUUCCUUACCCAGGCCUUUAUGUCCUUGUGUUGGAGUAUGCAAGUGAAACUGACGCCAUCCAGAAUGUAAACGUACUGAUCAGUGGUCAGUCAGAUGGCCAGAUCAUGGCUAGAGCCAACAUUUACAGCUGUGCCCUAAGCUUUUUGUGCCGCAGCGUGGCAGUGGACGGCAGGAAUCAGGUGGCAAAGCUGCUGCUUUCUCACAGGACUGACAUUAUUCUGCAAACUUCCAAUACAUUCUUUCUGAAUAAAGUCUACGCGGUGCCCGCCGAUGAGUACUCCGCUGAAUACGUGGAGCCCAAGGUGCUGUGUGUCUCCACUCAUGGUCGCUUCACCCAAGACAGUCGAAACUGCGUUCCACAGCAGUUCAGCAAGCCCUCCACAGCCUUUGUUCUGAAUGCGGCCCGUGAUGGGCAGCUGAUGUCUACAGUGGCAGCUGCUCUCAGACGAGGCGACACUGAGGAUUGGAGGCAAAGGCGGCAGUCUGGGCUGUUCUCUGUCCAUGAGCCUCAGAGUGAUGGGACGCUGCUUAAAUUCCCUCAGACUGAGAUCAGUUUCACCCCAGCGGUUCCACUUCCAGGCAGGUAUGUGGUUGUGGUCCACUACCGCCAGCCUGAACAUGUCUCCUUCCCUGUGGAUGUUCGAAUAGACGCAGGGCGUACGUGGAACGGCAUGAUAAACGCAUCCUUCUGUCCAGCAAUCUCAGGCUGCAGGGAGGUUGUCAUUGCUGAUGACCGCAUUGGCUUUGACUUUGAAAAGAAUUCUUGGCAACCGCCCACCAUCUCAGUUUUUGUGCCUCCAAGGAAGACUCUCAUUCUGGAUUAUAUCAUGUUGGUUCCUGAUAGAAGUUACACCCCAGAGCUCCUGAAAGAGAAGCCCCUGGAUAAAUCAGCAGAUUUCAUACAGCAUUGCAGAGGAGAAGGAUUUGAAAUUGUGCCCAGAACCUCCUCUCAGUUCUGCAGAGACUCAGCCCAAUCUCUGGUUGCAGCUUAUAAUGACGGGGCCCUUCCCUGUGACUGUGACAAGUCCGGCUCUGUGGGAGCCGUCUGUGAUCCGGUUGGAGGGCAGUGUCCCUGCAAGCAGCACGUCAUCGGCCGUCAGUGCACAAAAUGUGCCACGGGAUACUACGGGUUCCCCUACUGCAGGCCAUGUGAGUGUGGCCGGCGGCUGUGUGAUGAAGUGACUGGACGCUGCAUCUGCCCCCCGCAGACGGUCAAACCAUCGUGUGAUCAGUGUAAGAGUCAGACUUUCAGCUACCACCCUUUGGCCGGCUGUGAGAACUGCGGGUGCUCGCCCAGCGGCAUCGAUGCAAAUGCGGGGCUUCAGUGUGACCGGGUCACCGGCCAGUGCAGUUGCAAACCUCGUAUCGGUGGCCGGCAGUGUGACCGCUGUGCUGUGGGUUAUUAUCGCUUCCCUGACUGCGUGCCUUGUGACUGCAAUCAGGGUGGGGUCAGAUCUGAUGUGUGCCACCCAGACACGGGCAGGUGUCUCUGCAAGAGAAACGUUUAUGGCGUCAGGUGCGACACUUGUCAGGAAGGUUCUUUCUAUUUUGACCCUUCCAACCCACUGGGCUGCACCAGCUGCUUCUGUUUCGGAGCCACUCAACAGUGUCAGAGCUCCAGGAAACGCCGGGGGAAGUUUGUUGAGAUGCGAGGGUGGCGUUUGGAAAGUCCCGACAACGAGGAGGUUCCCUCUGUUCUGAAUGUAGCCAGUAACACAGUGGUGGCAGACAUCCAGGAGCUGCCUCCUUCGGUUCAAACUCUACACUGGGUGGCACCACAGUCCUACUUGGGUGACCGGUCCAAAUCCUUUGGGAUCCCUGAUGAAGGGAUGGCUUUGAUGGACAGACAACCUGACAUUGUGCUGACUGGUCGGGAUAUGAACCUGAUACAUGUGGCGCCAGAUGUUCCACUUCCAGACAAAAUCUAUCAGGGAAGAGUACAGCUCUUGGAGGGAAACUGGCGCCAUGCAGGUACCAACAGGCCUGUAUCCAGAGAGGAACUCAUGAUGGUCUUGUCCGGUCUGACAGGCAUGAGGAUCCGAGCCUUUUAUUUUACUCAGAGCCAGCGACUCAGCUUGGGGGAGGUGGGCCUAGAACAGGCCACCUUAUCAGGGACUGGAGGCCCUGCCAACAACGUGGAGCACUGCUCCUGCCCAUCUCAGUUCUCUGGUGACUCCUGUGAGAAAUGUGCUCCUGGCUAUUACAGAGACGGCAGUGGGCCUUAUCUGGGUCGCUGUUUGCCCUGUGAGUGCAAUGGCUUGGCUGAUGAGUGUGAAGAUGGGACAGGAAGGUGUCUGAACUGUCAGUACAACACAGCCGGGGAUCGAUGUGAAGUUUGCAAAGAAGGUUAUUACGGCAGUGCGGCUCAGAGGACAUGCAGGCUGUGUCCAUGCCCUGUCUCCUCCACCGCAAAGAAUUUUGCGGUUGGCUGCAGAGAGGUGUACGGAGAAAUCCAGUGUUCAUGCAGAGUUGGGUACACUGGAGAGAAGUGUGAGAGAUGUGCCCCUGGUUACUUUGGUGACCCACUGGCACCAGGAGGAAGCUGUAGGCGGUGUAAUUGCAAUGGAAAUGGAAACAACUGCGAUUCCAGGACUGGAGUCUGCAAGAACACUCUGGAACCAGGAGACACAAACACAGAUGUGCAAUGCAAAGAUUGUGAUAGUUGUGCUCAGACCUUACUGAAUGACUUGGAGAAGCUUGAUAAUGAGUUUGCAAGGAUUAAGGCCCAGUUGGACAAUGCAUCUGCAAGUGCUACCUUCAAGGACAGACUGGAAAAGCUAGAAAAAUCCAUCUCAGACACCAAGACUCUUGUCAAAAAAUUCAACUCCGUCAUUAACACCCAAAAGUCCCUUGUGGAACAGCUGGAAGAGGACAUGACCAGCAUUAAAGAAGACAUCGAUAAAUUGAAUGACAAGGCAGAUAGGAAGGCUGCUGAAGCCGACAAGGCAUUGGCCGGUGUUGGAAAAACCUAUAAGAGAGCAAAGGAUCUGGACACAGAGAUUAAAAACCUGUUGAAGAAAAUCCAAGACUUACUGGACCAGCUGAAGAAUGAAGGAAGAGGUGAUUCCUUGCCCAAUCAAAGCUUGGCUAAAAUGCUGGAGGAGGCUCAGCGCAUGGUGAAUGAGAUGGAGGACAAGGACUUCACUCCCCAGAGGACGGCAGCUGAGAAAGAAAAAGAGGAGGCUAAGAAAUUGCUGGACUACAUCAAGAAUACUGUAAGUGAGCAGAGUGACAAAAACGAGGCAGAUGCAAAGAAGAUGCAGAGUCUUUUGAAGGAUUAUGAAAAGAAACUGAAGGACCUGGAUGAUGCUUUAAAGGAGGCUAAGACCUUGGUGAAAAAAGCUAAUUCCCAGAACGGACUAAAUGCUAAGAAACUGGACGACCUGCAGAAAACUAUUGAGGACUUAAAAAAGGAACGCAAAACUGUUGAGGACCAAAUGGCCAAGGCUGAAGAGGAACUUCAGUUAACAGAGGAUUUGGUGAAAAACCUCACAGACAGUAAAACGGCGUAUGAACAGCUGGCAGCAGCCCUGGAUGGUGCAAAGACUGAUUUAAUAAAGAAAGUGAAUGAGAUCGCCAAGGCAGCAGCCCAGGAAGCCACUGUGGAACUCGCAGAGGAGCAUGCGAGGAACCUGAGCAAACAGGCGCAAGAUCUUAAGGAUGCCUUGAAAAAUGCGAGUGGACUUUCUGAGGUCCGUGAUGCAAAAAAAGCUAUCGAGGCAUACAAGAACAUCACGGAUGCCAUUAAUGCGGCCGAGGCAGCUGCCAACGAGGCCAAAAGUGCUGCAGACAAAGCCCUGAAGGAUGUGAAAAAACAGAAGUUUCCAGAAAGAGCAAAAGACCUGAAAGAGAGUAGCGAGGACCUGCUGACGGAUGCCAAAGACGCAGAAAAAGACCUAAAGGGUAUUCAUCCGUCCUUUUAUUUUCUACUUCUUUUACAUACCUGUAAACUUUGUUCAUCAACUCCUGUUUUUGUUUUUUUUAAAGAUGGAGCCAAAAAGCUUACUGACCUUACAGAGCGCCUGUCAAAAGCUGAAGAGAAGAAGAAGGCCCUAGAAAAAAGCCUCCUCGAGGCACAAACGAUAUUGAAUAACACCAAGAGAGAUGACAUAGGAGAUAUGAUUGAGGAGGCCAAGAGGAAGGCAGCUUCGGCUAAUAACACAGCAACCAACACCAUGGACAGACUUUUGGCCAUUAGAAAGGAGAUCGAAAAGAUCAGUGUCUCCCCUAAUUUAUUAAAAACCAUCCCAUCCCUGACUGACAAGAUCACAGAAGUGGAGAACUUGACUUCACAGUUUUCCAUUUCCAACGUAUCUUCAAACAUAAAGAAGAUUAAAGAGCUCAUUGAGGAAGCCAGGGAUGCAGCUAACAGGGUGAGCCCCAGCUCUGUUUAUACUCCAUAUAAGAGCUCUGACGCGUCCCAUAUUGUGAUCCCUAUGAAGUUUGGCGGCGAUGGUCACGUGGAGCUGCGAACACCGGCAAACCUCGAUGAUCUGAAAGCCUACACGGCCAUGUCUUUGGCACUGCAGAGACCAGGAGGCAGGGGAGAUGGAGUCCGCAGGCGUAGACAAACCAGCACGGCGGACGACUUGUUUGUCCUUUACCUUGGCAGCAAGGAUUGGAGCUGUCUGCUUUUCCGCUUGGCACUAACAAACUGUGUGUUGCAGUCUUCCAAGAAUUACAUCGGCAUGUAUUUGAAGAACAAUGUUUUACAUGGAGUGUACAAACUCAACGGAAAGGAGUAUGAUAUUGAGACAGGCAUCAUUAGCACAUCUGUAUCAGAGCCAGCCACCUUUGACAGAGUGGACCUACGCAGAAUUUACCAGGACGCAGAGAUGAAACUUACCAAAGACAUAACCUCUAAUUCAGAUAAUGAGCCCAUUCAAAGGAGCAGCCAAGGACAGGAGACCAAAGACCUUCUAGACCUUAAUCCAGAAGACACUGUUUUCUAUGUUGGAGGAUAUCCUACCAACUUCACUCCUCCACCAUCUCUCCGGUAUCCCAAUUACAAGGGCUGUAUUGAGUUCUUCUCCUUUAAUGACAAAGCGAUGAGUCUUUAUAAUUUCCAAAGAGCAGAGAAGAUCAAUCCACAGACUCCAUGCAAGAGGUAUGUAUCUUCAGAGGAUUCAAACCUCUACGAAGGUACAGGAUAUGGCAAAGUAAACCUUAACGGAUUAGGAAACCGUCCCGCAAUCAGUGUGGACAUCUCGUCUCGCUCUGAAACGGGUCUGCUCAUGUAUAUGGAAGUGGAGAACGAUUACUUAUUGAUUACAAUUGAGAAAGGCGCCAUCGUUAUACGUGGCAAUGUGCUUACAAAAACUACAGAAAUACCAAUAAACACCAAAGUGACUCCGACAAGCGGCUUUUCAACAAUGAUCGUCAGUGUCAAGGAAAACAUCAUGUCAGUCUACUUUAAUCGUGAAAAAAAGGCAGAAUCUUCAAUUCAGUUUCCAUUUGAUCAAAUGAAAGCCCUGUACAUCGGUGGUGUACCUCAAGAGUUGAGGGAAAAACAUAACAUCACCAUACAGCCAUUCAAGGGAUGCAUGCAGAGAUUACAAAUUGACAGUAGCAAUAAAGCACUUGAUGAACAAGUUGGAGUCAGCAAAGGAUGCCCAAGUGAUGCACUGGUCACACGGAAAGCCCAGUUCAGCUUCGGCAGCUCCCUCUCAUCUGAGCUCAAAGGCUUUGAUCUGGACCAGUCUAUUACUGUCUCUCUUGGAUUUAAGAGCACAGAACAAGGGGGUCUUAUUUUACAAGGCAAUCAGUUGGCUAACACAGUUCAUCUUGCUUUAGAUAGUGGCCAUGUGGUUCUUAACUUCAAAAACAAGAUGUGGAAAUCAAACAGAAAGUAUAAUGAUGGGCACUGGCAUUAUUUGACUUUCAAGAAAAGCGGUGAAACGAUUGGGAUGCACAUUGAUGAUGAUGAUAGUGGUCAGGAGCUAAGUGCCAGCCUAUUAAAACCUGGGACAGGCAGCUCCAUUGUCCUAGGAGAUCUGAAGUUCAAAGGCUGCAUUUCCAACCUUUAUACCAGACGUCCCUUUGAAGGUGCUUUCAAACUGAACUUUUUUUUUUAUACCUGCUCUUUUCGGGGGGAUUGCAGGCCAGACAACCUGUUCAGGGCAGAAGACUUAAGCUCCUUCCAAGCGGCUGGAGAUGUUAUGGUGGAUGUAUGUUCGGCUAAUAGUCCUGUUCAACAGAUGCUUGACCGCAACUCCAAGAAGGAUGGUGUGAUGCAAGUGAUAAAUGAAAGUGUGUCAGCAUGUGCGCUACCGGCCCAGGUGCAACAUGCUUAUCGUAUGGGGGGGGCAAUUAGCAGCCUGACCUACAAUCUUCCACUAGAAAUCCUGAAGCCCAGGAAGAGUGCUGUAGUUCAGCAGAUAACGUUGUCCUUCACACUGCCCAGGCCCCACUUCUCUCUAGAUGUGAGGACUCGCUCUCCUGAAGGUCUGCUGUUCUUCGCUCCAACCAGAGGGGGGCAUUCUCACUUGGCUUUAUACAUGUCCAAGGGCAGGAUCCGACUUUCUGUUGGCAAACAGAAGAUUUUCAACCGAGAAAAGUACAACGAUGGAAAGUGGCACUCGGUCAUCUUCAGCCUGGAGAGAAAGAAGUUCAGAUUGAUCGUGGAUGGGAUCCGAGCUCGGGACGGUCAGCUGACAAAUCCUGAAAUGAUGUCUCUGCAGCACUUUGUGUCACCUGUGUAUCUGGGCAGUGCACCGGAAUCCCUGCACAAGGAGUUAAAGAAUUUUAAAGCUAAGCAUUGUUCUUGCUUCCAGUCAAAGGCCCUUCCAAAGCAGAGUGUGUCUGGCUGUGUGCGCAAUUUUAAAAUGAAUGGAGCGCUAAUGUCCAGUCCAACUACAAACCGUGGUGCAGGACCAUGCUUUGAGGGGCCGACACAAAGAGGGGUGUAUUUCUCAGGGAAUGGGGCGCAUGUGCUGAUCAACGACUCCUUUGUCGUGGGCUCCACCUUUGAGCUGCUGUUUAAUAUUCGACCACGAACUCAGACUGGACUCCUGCUUCACGUUGGGGCCUCUAGCAGGACACAUCAUGGCUCUUCCAUGAACCACUUUCUCACCGUCUACAUGCAUAGAGGGGAGGUCGUAGCUCAGGUCAAUAAUGGAAAAGGAGAAUUUAUGGUGUCAGUGAAGCCAAAAACUUCUUUAUGUGAUGGAAUGUUUCAUAAAAUCUCAGUAAUCAAAAGGAAAAAUGUUGUGCAACUGUCUGUGGAUACAAUGGACAACUACAAAAUCGGACCACCAUCCUCCACUAGUACUUUGACCAAAGACCCACUUUAUGUGGGUGGCAUUCCUGCUAAAGUCUUCAAAUGCACAGAUCUAGAAGAACUAUCUCCACAUGACAACCUGUGCCGUUCCUCAACAGACACGCUGAUGCAGCAGAUCCUUCCCGUCACAUCAUCCUUCGUAGGAUGCAUCCAGGAGAUGAAGAUCAACGAUGACUCCAUCUCCUUUGACAGAUCAUCCAGCGUGUUUGGUCCGGUCAAUCUCAAAGAGUGUCCGGGCUGA